UUUUGAGUUUGAGAACAUCCCAUGAAGGCGGCAGCGGCUGACCCUUCUUUAAAAAAAACGGAAACUCGGUGACGAGGAAGAAAGCUAGCGAUUGUUUUUGGUAGAAGUUUUACAUUCCUCGUUUUUAAGACUACGGUGUCUCAACACCUCAACAAUGUCGGGAUCAUCCAGCAUUAUGGCAAUAAAGAAAAUUGUACAACAGCUACGCUUUGAAGCUGGCGUGAACAGGGUUAAGGUGUCCCAGGCCGCAGCGGACCUGCAGCAGUUUUGCCUUCAGAACGCCCAGCAGGACCCUCUGCUCACCGGCAUGUCGUCCAGCAACAACCCGUUUAGACCGCAGAAAGUCUGCUCCUUCCUAUAGCACCGACCCGCUGCCUCUGAGUAAUUACCGUUACCAAUAAGGUUUUGGACAUUGUGAUGCCUUGUUGGAACACGGCUGCAGAACCUGCGUUCUGGACUGGAGUCAUCUCGGGCGCAUUCAGGAAUUUGGGGAUAAACAACAGUUUUUAUGUUUUUUUUAAACUUUUGCCAUUGUAAUAUCUCAAAUGGAAACAUUUCCAGGUGCUUAUGUAGCUUGAUACAUAAGUAUUAUCCUACUUGCUUAGAAGUAAUUAACCUAUAUCAACACACCUGUUGGCCUUUUGAAAUGUAUUGUACAUUUUUCAUUCCUGAUUUUGAAAAAGAAUGGUAUUUACACAUUU